AUGGUAGCCUCUAUGAUGCCGUUGCUGUCGGUGGUGUUCAUCAAAUACACGGAUACAAAAGCUGCAUUCCGAAAGAAAGAAAGGCUUUGUUGGAGCUCAAGGAUUACCUCAUCUCUGGUGGGAUCGGUCCUCAAAGCACAGCCUGAAGAACCAGACCUCGAAUACGGGGAGGCAAUACCUAAUCUCUCUAAUUAUGAAACUUGGAGUAAUGACACAAAGAGCGAUUGCUGCCGGUGGAAUGGCAUUAAGUGCAAUCGUACAAGCGGCCGUGUCAUUGGUCUUUCUGUUGGUGUUGGGUACUUUCGAGAGCCUUCUCUCCUUAAUCUUUCAUUUCUGCAUCCCUUUGAUGAGGUUCAAAGUCUGAAUUUAUCCGGGGAAAGAUACGUCCAGUCAUAUAGUGGCUUCUUCGAUGAUGUUGAAGGUUACAAAAGUUUAAGGAGAUUAAGGAACCUGGAGAUUCUGGAUGUUUCACGGAAUGAUCUCAAUAACAGCAUAUUUCCUUUUCUAAAUGCCGCUACAUCACUUACAACUUUGUUUCUCCGGGGUAACUUCAGAGAUGGCCCUUUUCCUAUUAAAGAACUAAAAAACUUGAAAAACUUGGAAGUGUUGAAUCUAAGUGGAAAUAGACUUCACGGCUUCAUCUCAGAACUAAUGAAUUUGCCGAAACUGGAACUGCUGAAUCUUGCUCGGAAUAAUUUCAGCGGACCUAUAACAGCUGUUUGUGAAAUGAGGAAUCUGCGGGAGCUCGAUCUUAGUGAAAAUCAUUUUGUUGGCCCACUUCCACUUUGUCUAGGUAGCUUGAAAAAGCUACGGGUACUUGAUCUCUCAUCCAACCAAUUAAGUGGAAAUCUACCGUCUAGACGGAAGCUUUUGUCGGAGUUUAUGAUGAUUUCUUGUAGUGGAUCUAGUUUCAGUAGCUUGGAGUCCCUCGAGUAUCUAUCACUAUUAAACAACAACUUUUCAAGCGUAUUCUCUCUCAAUCCACUCAACAACCUCACAAAUCUCAAGGUGUUCAAAGUUUCAUCAACAUCUGACAAAGUACAAGUAGAGACAGAGGAUAACUCGGAGCCAAACUUUCAACUCACCGUUGCUGUACUACGAUCUUGCUCCUUGGAGAAAAUUCCUCCAUUUCUCGUCUACCAAAAGAACUUGCGUCUAGUGGAUCUAUCCAGCAACAAAUUAUCCGGAACUGUUCCUACUUGGCUGUUACUGAACAAUACAGAACUUGAAGUCUUACUGUUGCAGAAGAAUUCAUUCACAAUCUUCCAGCUACCUACAAUAGUCCAUACUUUGCAGGUUUUUGAUUUUUCUUCCAAUAAUAUUAGUGGGAUAUUCCCUCAUAAUAUUUCUCAUGCACUUCCGAAUCUGGUACAUAUGAAUGCCUCAAGUAACGGGUUCCAAGGGAAUUUUCCAUCUUCUAUGAGCGAGAUGAAGAACAUUACAUUCCUCGACCUAUCCUAUAAUAACUUAUCUGGGAACCUACCAAGAAGCUUUCUCACAGGUUGUUUUCAACUUAAGUACCUGAAGCUCUCUCACAACAAAUUCAGCGGCCAUUUUCUUCCAAAAGUAACAAAAUUCAUUUCAUUAGACGUGUUGAGAAUAGAUAACAACUUAUUUACAGGGAAGAUCGGAGUUGGUUUGCUUAGCUCUACUGACUUGUCAGUGCUUGACAUGUCCAACAAUUUUUUCGCUGGUGCUAUUCCAAGCUGGAUAUCUAAGCUAUCUCGUUUGAGCUUCUUAUUGUUAUCAAAUAAUUUCUUAGAAGGUACAAUACCACCUUCUUUGUUUCUCAUUUCGUUUCUAGACCUCUCUGGAAACCUAUUUUCCGGAGCCAUACCGUCGUCAGAGGUUCAAGGGAGAAUUUUCUUCCUCAACAACAACAGCUUCACAGGGUCAAUUCCAGACACAUUGUUGGAAGGUGUCCAGAUACUUGAUCUAAGGAACAAUAAACUCUCUGGUAGUAUCCCUCACUUUGUCAAUACACAAGACAUAAAGAUUCUUUUGUUGAGGGGGAACAAUUUAACAGGGUCCAUUCCAAGGCAGCUGUGUGAAUUAAGAAAUAUCAGGCUUUUAGAUAUUUCAGAUAACAAGAUUAGUGGUUCCAUACCUGCAUGCCUCUAUAAAUCAUCGGUUCUACGUGGUGGAAAGGAGAGUGAUAUUAUCUAUGGCCAAUAUUAUCGUACGUUGAUUUUUCAUUCUGAAUAUUACAGAUCGACAUUUCUGGUAGAGGAGUUCCAAGUGUACUUCGCUGCCUUUCAGGAAAUUGAAAUAAAAUUUGCAACUAAGCAAAGGUACGAGUCUUAUAGUCCUGGAGAAUCUUGGUAUAGUGAUUCUUACAGUCCUGAGUCUCCUGACGAGUUUCAGUUAACUGAUUCUGGUACUAAUACAUCUGAGUUCAGAAGAGGAAUACUUGAUUAUAUGUAUGGGAUGGAUCUGUCAAACAAUGAAUUAAGUGGUGUUAUCCCGACAGAGCUUGGAGGUCUCUGGAAACUACGGUCCUUGAAUCUAUCUCACAAUUUCUUGUCGAGUUCCAUACCAUCCAGCUUCUCCAAUCUGAAGGAUAUUGAGAGCCUUGAUCUUUCAUACAACAUGUUGCAUGGGAGCAUUCCUUACCAGCUAACUAGCCUUACAUUUCUUGAAGUGUUUGACGUGUCUCACAAUAAUUUAUCAGGAAGCAUUCCCCAAGGAAGGCAAUUUAACACUUUCAACGAGAGUAGAUACUUAGGCAAUCCUCUUUUAUGUGGACCACCGACCCAUAUAAGUUGUGAGGCUAAGAAGAGCCCCCCAGAGGAAGCAAAUAAUGGUGGAGGAGAAGAAAAUGAAGCUGCCAUGGAUAGAGUUGUCUUCUAUUAUAGCACUGCUUCGGUUUAUGUGACUGCAUUGGUAUGCAUCGUUGCACUUAUGAUAUUUGAUUGUCCUUGGCGUCGUGCAUGGCUCCGCAUUGUUGAUGCUUUCAUCGCUUCAGCAAAAAAUAUGUUGUUUUAA